ACACAUUAGUGCCUGCUCCCUAUACAGCUUAUAAUACCAUAAAGUAAUCAUUUGUUGAGGGCGGCUUGUCAUCUCGUGCAUUGCUAGCUUCUGUUCCCCCUCUAUAAAGCAAGUGGACAACCUAUAAGCAUCCCCCUCAUUGAUGAUGCUCUCAUUUUUGGCUAUUAUUUCGUUUUUAUUUUCAAUAAUCCUUGGAGAAUUCAUAUACCCAUGCAAAAUUACUGACUCCGAAAAAAAUUGGAGAAAUGGAAUACUUUGGGGUUUCCAAGAUUAUAUCAAAUCUGAAGGUGAUAAGGAUACCGUGAACGUUUACAAUCAAGUGAGUUACAACUGCUUCAACGAGGAAAUUGACAGUAAGAGUCCUUAUUUCUUCUCUUUCCACAUCGGAAGUAAUUCGAGUCUAACUUCAAACCAGAUCAAAGAUGUGGUCUUUUCGGCACUGAAAGAACAGUCAAACAACGAAAGAAGCCUUUUGAACAAAGUCUUGCACAGUUUGGUUGACGAGGCAUUAAAAGGCGAAAGGAUCCAGAUAGGAUGCUUCCUUGCAGAGGAGCAGCUGUACUAUCCUGGUGACUAUUCCGCCUUCUGCAGGUAUUCGCACUAUGACUACUCCUUCGAAUGAAGCCUGAUGCAGAAAUUACCAAACUUAGCAAUGUGUCAAUAAAGUGUCAAUUGAGCUUUUGAAUAAAACACG